AUGAGCACAAACACGCUCUCGCCUACUGAUCAUGAAGCCAUCGCCCUUUUUGAGAAGGCGGUGGAGAAAGAAUCAAUUGGCUUAAUGUCUGAUGCCGUUCAAUUCUAUCGAAGAGCAUUCAAAUUGAAUGAACAAGUUGACUUCUUGUAUCGUCAGCAUAAACUACCACACCUUAUAAAGUCAUUGCAAUUGGAGAAGGGGAAGAAUAGUGGGUAUCGACUUGACGAGAACAAGGUUAAACUGAUCAAUGUGGAUACUUUACUCCACCAAUUCAAACAGUUGGAUAUUGAUGAGCAUUAUGACAAGUGCGAUAACGGUCCGUCUCCGUUGGUAUAUCUCCCCAAUGAUAUAUGGAUCCACAUCUUGGAGUAUCUCGUUGAUGACAAUGUGGAAUCGUGGUUCAAGAUGUCCAUCACCUGUAAGAAGUUUGCAUAUCUUGGAUUCGCCAGCUCUAGCAUUUGGAGAAACUUGUGUUAUCAUGUAUAUCCCAAACAAGUGUACCAUGACGAAGACGAGCAAAUCGUGUAUCAAUUCAAGAAUGAUGAAGUGUUGGCAUUACUUCCACAAUAUGAUAAUUCAUGGAAGAAAUUACUCACCUGUAAACCAUUUGUCAAGUUCUAUGGGUGUUAUAUAAGCAUUGUCAAUUAUUAUAGUGAAGGUGGGAGAAAGGAGUUUUCAAGUACAAACUUGUGGUCAAAUCCCGUUAAGAUAAUCACUUAUUAUAGAUACCUUCGGUUUUAUCCUAAUGGGGAUGUUAUAAAAGUGCUUAGUAUAUUACCACCAACACAAGUUGUAUCUCAUUUGCUGAGAAUGAACAGUAGCAUACCAGUAACCGCCGUUGAUCAUCCAGCAAAUCCAGCCGCCGCUGCUGCUGCUGCUGCUACACCUGUACCUGCACCUGCUCCCACUGCCUCCUCCAGACAGGAUAAAAAGAACCAACACAAGAUAUAUAAAGGUAAAUGGUCAAUGAGCGACAACGGAAGAAUUCAUAUUGUGCUUGACCAAGGAAGUGUACCAUAUUACGCCUUCCAUUACAUCUUUCAAAUUGACACUUUAGGACACAUUAACAAGCACGGUAAGUUAUCAUGGCUAGACUAUUAUGCAAUUAGAAAGAAGAUGCAUGAACUAGACGAUGAUGAUCGUAUUGGAGAAUUGAGUCAGUUUAGUCUAAGAAAUGAAAAGGCAUUCAAGUUCCUGAGAGUGAGAUCGUAUACCUUAGAUAAUUAG